GUGCCGUUCAAUCGCGUCGAUGUGGUGCGCGCGACCGGAUGACAUGCAGCCGGCGAGGCAACGUUCAUCGGGCGUGUUGAAACUGGGCCGGUACAUUGUCCGGUGUCUGACGGCCCAGCCGGACAUCUGGCUGCUGUUCUUGUACAAGUGCGGUCAGCUGGUGGCGGUCAACCUGCACGAACCGGUGGCGCGGAGCGUGGGCAUCCUGGACGAGCUGUUCCAGGCGCAACAGGGACUGCCGCCGUCGCCGGAACCGGGACAGCAGCGGGAACGGCGCGACCGAGAACGUUCCGCGCGACCGGUCGCCAUAGGGUCUCUGCAGUCGUCACCGCGGUCGACGCACCGGGCGCCGUGCGUUGCGUCGUCGUCGUCGUCGUCGUCCGCGUCGCCAUCCGGAUCGGUGUCGCCCGUGUCCGCGUCGUCCGCCGCGUCCGUGUCUUCCGCGACGCCGGACAACGACCAGUACCGCGGCAUGGACGAGGACGACACGGACGACGGGUACACCGACUCGGAAGACGAACCGUUCGCCUACAUAACCGGCCGCCGGUUCUCCAGCACCCCGUCCACCGGCGGUUCGCGGACCCGUCGCAGCAGUUCCGGCUGCGGUAGCAGUUACAACAGCAGCACCAACAGCCGGCGGAGCAGCGUGGCCGCCGGCCGCCGGCGCAACAGCUGCACCGACAUCGUCGAGGUGGUCGACGACACCGAAGUCGGCGGCAGUUGCAGAGAUACGCUGAGCGUCAACUCGUAUGGAAUGCCUCAGUCUGGUUCCACCGUGUCCCAGAGAGAGAGUUCCAGCUUCUUGCCUGUCACUCAACCGGCCAGUGUACCCGCAUCGCCAGUCGGUUCUCCAGUGUCGCAGCUGCUAUCAGAUCUCUCAAACAUCACUCUAGAUCCCAACUGGCAGGCCAUCAAGUCUACUGUACGCGAACGUAAUGCUGCCAUGUUCAAUAACGACCUUAUGGCUGAUAUAUACUUUGUCGUCGGAAAUCCAGGGCACACCCAACGUAUACCAUCCCAUAAAUAUAUUUUAGCCACUGGAAGUUCUGUUUUCUAUGCUAUGUUCUAUGGUGGCCUAGCAGACACUAAAGAAGAAAUUGAGGUGCCUGAUGUUGAGCCAACAGCUUUUCUCACUUUACUAAGAUAUUUAUAUUGUGAUGAAAUCCAACUGGAGCCUGACACAGUGUUAGCUACAUUGUAUGUGGCUAAAAAAUAUAUCGUACCACAUUUAGCCAGAGCUUGUGUUAAUUACUUGGAGACAAGUUUAACUGCAAAAAACGCAUGUCUGCUCCUCAGCCAAUCUCGACUAUUCGAGGAGCCAGAACUGAUGCAGAGAUGUUGGGAAGUGAUUGAUGCUCAAGCAGAGAUUGCAUUACAUUCAGAUGGAUUUGUUGAUAUAGAUGCUGACACGUUGCAGAGUGUAUUAGGACGUGAAACCAUUAAUUGCAAAGAAACCAUACUAUGGGAAGCAGCCAUGAAUUGGGCCUCAGCUGAAUGUAGCAGACGUGAAAUAGAACCAACCCCAUCUAAUAAACGACAAGUAUUAGAUUCUGCUCUGUAUUUACUCAGGUUGCCAGCAAUGUCUCUAGAAGAAUUUGCCAACGGACCAGCUCAAAUGGGCAUGCUAACAUUAGAAGAAACGGUUGAUUUGUUUCUCCACUAUACUGCAUCCAACAAACCUCGCUUGACUUAUCCAACUAAACCACGGAUAGGACUAAAACCUCAGACGUGCCAUCGAUUUCAGUCCUGUGCUUAUCGUAGCAAUCAAUGGCGGUAUCGAGGUCGUUGUGAUAGUAUUCAGUUUAGUGUUGAUCGCCGUGUGUUCAUUGUUGGUUUCGGUUUAUAUGGUUCAUCAACUGGGGCAUCCGAUUACACUGUUAAAAUCGAACUCAAACGUCUAGGACACAUUUUAGCUGAAAACAACACAAAAUUUUUUUCAGAUGGUUCAAGUAAUACUUUUCAUGUUUAUUUUGCACAUCCUGUACAAGUAGACCCCGAAUUGUUUUAUACUGCUUCAGCUAUAUUAGAUGGUGCAGAAUUAAGUUAUUUUGGCCAAGAAGGACUUAGUGAAAUAAAUGCUGGUUGUGUGACAUUUCAAUUCCAAUGUUCUUCUGAAAGUACUAAUGGUACUGGAGUUCAAGGGGGACAGAUUCCAGAACUCAUAUUUUAUGGUCCAGUUAGUGAAAACCACUAAUACAUGUUUAAAUCAUUUUCAAUCCGAAUUAAAUACCUAAGUAUAUAAAACUACUAAACUCAAUAUUUUGUGAAAAAAUGUUGCUCCUAUAUGAUACUUUGGAUAUUUAUUAUAUCCAUCACUAAAUCACAUCUCAUAUUAUAAUUCAACUAAAUCUUUAGUGUAUGAUUACACAUUCUCGCCAAGUAAAAUAUGUAUAUUUUAGAUAAUAUGUCUGUUAUAUUAUUUUUUCUUUGUUGGUAAUUAUGAACAGUAUUCUGUCAGAAUAUUCAAACUAAAAUAUAUUUAUUUCAAUAUUUUCUACUAAGUUAAUUAUAAUUAUAUAACUAUGCUAUGUGUGUGCAAUAAUAACUAGUCCAGUGUUCGAAACAUUUUUCGAUUCAUAUUUAUAUAAUAGUAUAUUUAAAAUCUAGUUCUGUACAAGUUUCAAUUUUUUUAGACAACAUUGCUAUUACUAUUAUUUAUUUGAAUUUUUGUUUAUAUAUAAUUUAAAUUAAAAAUAUUAAUGAUUCUUUUAAAUGUUUUAAUUCAGUUAUUUUGGUUUGGAUAUUUUGACUUAGAAUCAUUAUGAACUGAUAUUAUAUGUUAAAUAAUAAAUAUACAUUUUUAUGACAGAAGAGACAAACAUGCUUGACUUAUUAGACAUUAUUAUUUUUAUUUUAUAACAUUGUUAAGACUAUUAAUUAAAAUAGGCAUAUUUUCUAAAUUGUUAACCAACUGUAUUAAUUUACAAGUUAUAAAUUUCUUGCUAUAGUGCUUUAUUUUUGUUUUUUAAUUUGUAUUAUAUUAAGUGUCAAAAAUUUUAUGUUAAACAUAUUAUGAAUUAAGAUCAAACCAUUUACUAUUUGAUCAAAUUUUGUCGCCUUAUCUUGUAUUAUUUUAAUACACCUUUAUACGCUCAAUAUGCUUGUGCAUAUAAUUAUUGUUUGAUAAUAAAUAUAUUAUAUAAUUUACAUUGAUUAAAUAUAUUAUUAUGUAUAUUAAAUCAAUGGUACUUAUGGAUAUCACUCUAUGGAUUGUUUUUAUAUUCUUUUGUUAAUGCAUUACUGAUAGUUUGUUCAUUCUAUUAAUUGCACAAAAUAACAAUUAUUUUUUCUUUAUACUAAAUUUUUUCGUCGUAGACUACUUAAUAAUUUAUAAAUUUAUUUUAUUUACUUAAAAGUUGAUACUAGGUUACCAUUAAUUGACUGUAUUUUGAGCUUUAGCAAUGAUAUUAAAAUAGUAUUAUGAUUGUUUAAGUUAUUAUGGCAUUAUGUAACUUUUUCAUAUAAAUUAAAUGGUUGUUAUUCUUAUAUUAUAAUUAUGUUUUGGGGAAAUAUAUUUUGGAACAAAAUUUGUAUUUUCAACUUAUUCUAGCGUUUUUCACCAAAAACAAAUUUUUUUAAGAAUCAUCUAAAAAAUCAUUAAAUAUUUAACUUUAAUUUAUAAGUCAAAAAUUAUAAGUGUACUUAUAUAUUUUUCUUAAACACCAAUCAAUCGUUUUGACUAGUGUUUUAUUUUCACAGUUAAUUAGUUUUUUAUGAUAAGAUGUCUACUGCCUAGGCCACAGACCUUAUACUUAGAGUACUUAGAAUGUAACGUCUAUGGUCUAGACAUUUCUUGUAUGUUUUUGACAAAUAUUUAUUUAGUAGGCUGUGAUAGGGGUUUAUUUUUAUUUUAUGUAUUUCAUAUUUUUAAAUAAAACACAUUUUAUAAACAUA